UUGUCAAACCGGAAGUGCGACUGAUCUAACCGGUUUAGCAUCCAGGCAGACUCAUCACACCUUCUAUAAAUGUCUCCGCGCCACACACACCUCUACAGAGGAGGAAUGAAGAGGGACACACACCGGCUUUUGUACUGACGAUGAUGGAGAUGAUGACGGUCAGUCGUUGGGCUCUCCUCCCUCCUGUUUACUCCAUCCUCACUGCUGCUGGACUCUGGCUGGUGUAUUUUGAAGCCGUCUUUCAUAACAGGAUAUCACGUCUGGGAUCGACACACAUGAGAAAUGCAUCGUUGUAUUAUCCCUACAUCAGUAUUGCAGGAAACUUUGCACCGGCCAGCUGCACCUUCAGCGAGGUCAUGAACUUGGCUGCAUUUGGUGGCUUCAUUAUCGCUGUCCUCAGAUACCUCCAGCUCAAACACAAAUCAGCCAAACAGUGGCUGAACUUCUGCAGCUUGUUGGUGUUCUCUGUCGCCUGCUUCGGGAUGACCCUCGUAGGAAACUUUCAGGUGUUUGCAGAUAUGGCAACCCACAACAUCGGCACCUUCAUGACGUUUGUACUGGGGACCGUGUUCUGCUGGGUUCAGUCUUACAUCACUCUGAAAGUCAACAUAAAGAAUGAGGGGAGGGUGGCCGGUAUCUUGCGCUUCGUGUUGUCUGGAUUCAUCACGAUCUUCAUGAUACUCCACUUCUCCCUCAGCGGUCUCAGUCUCCACAUGCAGUCGGCGCAGUGCCAGUGGACGCUGGUCAUGUUCUUUCUCCUCUUCCUCAGCACCUUUGGCAUCGAGUUUCGUCACAACCACUUCAAGAUCGUGUGCACAGACACCUGUGAGCGUCCGGAGACAUGGUCAGAGAUGAUGUCUGAGGUUUCCACGCACCAUCCCAAUGAGCUGUAGGAGGAAGCCCCGCUGUCUCUUGAUCCUUGUGUUUAUUCUGACUGUUUUUAAACCCUUUACUUUUAUACCUGAUGACAUAUUAUCAACACUCCAUGUAUUUAUCAACGUACAAUUCAAUCAACAAGAGUUUACUUUGUGUGUCAGGAUGUAUUUAUACAGUUGAGUUGUCUUUGUGAACACUUCUUUUGAAACUUCUUGAACGUUUUUGUAAAUUUUGGAAAUGCAAGUUUUGCACAGUUUGCGAUCACUAUCAAUAAAAAUAUGAUCAAAUGAUUCUUUAA